AUGUCUUCUUUAACUGAGGCUGAACUGAAUUCUAUAUUAGGAAAUACUACUUCAUAUCAAAUAUAUAAAAAAUUUGAUGCGGAAAAUAAUCUCGAUGAAAAUUUUAUCCAUUGUACGGAAUUUAUAUCAUCAAAUAAUACAAAAAAUGAAAAAGAUGAAAUAACUUGUAAAAAAAUUGCAAAAAAUUUAAAAGGACUCUCAGAAUUAGCUAGUACGGUAAAAUAUCGUGAUAAGUGUUUACAUUACAAAUACUGGAUAUACGAUCAAAUAUGGAAAGAAUUUAAUAUAGAAGGUAACAACGUCGGUCCUGUUAUUAAUAAAUUUCUUUAUAUACAAACUAGUGUUACUAAAAGUUUAAAACUAUAUUCCUGUCUUUAUAAUUUUUAUGGUAGAGAUUUAACAGAAUUAAAAAAUUCCACGAAGAAAAAUAUCUAUAUGAAUAUUUUAAAUACUACAAUACUCUAAAUGAUUGGACAUUGUUAUCAUUACUUUAAAUGUGAAGAGCAUUAUAAUCCGAAUAGCCUUUUAUGUAAACUAAAAAUAAAUAAGGAUUUAUCUGUUUGUAAUUCAGAAAAUAAAGGUCUAUCGGGAAUUGAUAUACAAAGGAAUGGUCCUGAAGAUUCAAACUCAGAUAAAGGAAUAAAACCUCUAUAUUUCAGUUGUAAAGAAAUAAAAAGAUCCAAAAACUCUGAUAAAGCAACACAAAUUGUAACUGCAGAACCUGUAGAUACAUCCGAGGGUUAUAUAUCAAAUGCUAUCCAAAGCAUUCAAAAUAGUGAAUGUAAUGUAAUAUAUAAAAAUGAUCAAGCUACUUCCUAUGAAUGUAAAACUAAAAAAGAUCUUCAAUUAUCGAAAAAUGACGUUGGCGCUGAAAAUAAUAAAGAAAAUUCUCGUAAGGAUUAUGAUCAAUUAGAUGAUAAGGUGGAAUCUUCCAACAAAGAAAGCCAAAACGAUUUCAGAUGGAGGAUAGAUGAAACUAUUAUGCGGUGUCCAGCUCACCAUUCAGAUAAGCUAGGACAUCAGAUGUGCGGGCAUAUAUUAAAAUUAUGCAAACAAGGAAAAAUUAGGAAACCGCCACCUCCGAAUAUUUCACACAUCCCUGAUGUAGUAUCAGUAUCGGACAACAGUUUAUUAAGCGAACAGGAGAAACAAAUCAAGAGAAAAAAGAACCUUGUGUUUCUUCUGAAGGGGUAAAUGGGUAAAUUAAACUUAGAUAUUAAUAAAUUAUUGUCAUAUAAUCUCUCAGAAGAAUUAACUAAAGCUAUAAAUGGAAUAAAGUCAUUGAAUUGUACACCAAAGGAAAAUGCUUUAUGCCAAAAUUUAUAUAACAAUGUUAUACCUGAAAUAAAAGAAUUAAUUUCCCAAAUAGAAAAAGAAAUUUCAAAAACUAGGACGUCGCAUCUGGGGAAUAAUGAAACUGUGAGUAUUACCGAAACAGAAUAUGAUGCAGGACUUGAUAAUUCGUACAAAAGGCCAAGUAUUUUAGAACAGAUAUAUUCUAUAAUGGAAAGCCUAGAAAUUUAUAUUAUGGAAACAUACAAUUACAUUAUAGACGUUAUUAUGUUUUAUUUUAUUUAA